GAGGAGGAGGAGGAGGAGGAGGAUGAGAUACGUUUAGUCUUGGCUUUAGCAGCCAUUAGCAUUAGCAUUACGCAGCUAGGCGGAGGCGCAACAAGCUACUUGGACGUUAAAAUAAGCCUUCUUUUUCAUUUGGGAAUAGCCAUAUUCAGUGUUCUUUUUUUCAUGGACUAACAUUAAAACUUAAUAGGGACUAGACAAUUUGGUGAUGGAGUGGGCAGGUUUACAGUCUGCACUGUUUGUGUGGAAAUGUUUUUAACAGAAGCGAUUGGGGAGGACUCAAGAGCCCAGCACCAGAGAAGCCUCUUAGACAUACUCUCAGCCUACUUUAAAGGAUAAACAUAAAUGCGCUCACACCACUGCUGUGCAGUGAAAGAUCACUCAAAGAAAGGACACGUGGGCACAUAGCACAAGCUCUAGGCAAGGAUACAGAGAUCUGCACCAACUCUGUUGGUGCUUAAACGUCCAAGUUUCUUUUUCCUUCUCAUCUGUUUCAUUUUCACUACUGCCACCAUGCCAAGCACAAUUCGCCGGCAGAUGAAAAACAUGGUCAACAACUACUCUGACGCAGAGAAGAAAGUCAGAGAGGCCACCUCUAAUGACCCCUGGGGCCCGUCCUCCUCCCUCAUGUCAGAGGUGGCAGACCUGACCUACAAUGUGGUGGCCUUCAGCGAAAUCAUGAACAUGAUCUGGAAGCGUCUCAACGAUCACGGCAAGAACUGGCGUCACGUCUACAAAGCGCUCACCCUGCUUGAUUACCUGAUCAAGACGGGCUCGGAAAGAGUGGCACUCCAGUGCAAAGAGAACAUCUUCGCCAUCCAGACCCUGAAGGACUUCCAGUACGUCGACAGAGAUGGCAAAGACCAGGGCAUCAACGUCCGAGAGAAGAGCAAGCAGUUGGUCGUCCUUCUAAAGGAUGAAGAACGCCUAAAAGCUGAGAGGUCUCAAGCUUUGAAGACCAAAGAGCGCAUGGCCCAGGUGUCUACAGGGAGCAGUCAGAUGGGAUUUGGCCGAGGCUCAUCCCAGCCCAACCUCUCCACGUCCUACAGUGAAGAGUACGGCAGAUCAGAGGGCUCGCCUGCCUCUUACCAUGGCUCCACAUCUCCAAAUGCCGGUUCAGAACUGGAGCAGGCCCGACCCCAGACCAGCGGGGAAGAGGAGCUGCAGCUCCAGCUGGCUCUGGCCAUGAGCCGGGAGGCUGCAGAGCAGGAGGAGCGCAUACGUCGAGGGGAUGACCUGAGGCUACAGAUGGCUCUGGAGGAGAGUAAAAAAGAAGGACCGGGUUCCGCCAAGCUCGCCAAGAAAAAGAAAGAGCCUCAGUCAGCUUUGAUGGAUCUGAUGGACGUCCCUGAGCCCAGAGCCACUUCCGACCCGUGGAGCGCCAGGGCUGGCGCAGGAGGGGGUUCAGCUGACCCCUGGCAUGCUCAUGGGUCUGCGCCCAAACCAGCAACCUCAGUGGACCCAUGGGGGGCUUCUGCUUCGGUCCCACCCAUGAAGAGCAGUGAUCCCUGGGCAGGGAACUCGGCUCCUGCCUCUGACCCUUGGGGUUCUGCAGUGACUCGUCCCAAGAUGACCAACGCAGGUAGCUUUGACCUGUUCAGUACAUCCAAUGGUACAUCCAAAGAAGACUUCUCAGAGUUUGACAGCCUGCGCUCUUCUUCCUCUGUCCCCACUGGUGAUGGGGGUGUAGCAUCCUCUGUCCCCUCUCAGGUCAGCAUAGCUAGCAGCAGCAGCCUGGACCUCUUUGACCCGCUGCCCCCCUCCACCUCUGUCACCACAAAUCCAACCAGGAAGACUCCAGAGUCCUUCCUGGGACCCAACGCUGCCCUAGUCAAUCUGGACUCUUUGGUGACCAAACCAGCCCAGCCGGCGCCGGUUGUAAACCCGUUCCUGGCUUCCACAGAUGUUUCUGCUCCAUCUGGGACGCCCCACGCCAACCCCUUCCAAGUGGGCCAGCCAGCACCCCCUACCCUCAACCAGAUGCGUGUCAGCCCAAUGCCUUCCGGCUUUGUUGGCCUGGCGGACCCCAUGGCCCUCUCAUCCAUGCCCGCUCAGCCCAUCGCCAUGGUGCCCCUGCCGGGAAUGGCCCCCGCAGGGCACGUGAUGCCCGGGAUGGGGGUCGGGGCCAUCGGCGGCUUGGGAGCGACCGCGGGGAUUCCAGCUUCAAUGUCCAUGCCACAGCCGCUGAUGAGCAUGCCUCCCCAGGCCGGGGCACAGCCCGCCGGAACCACUAACCCUUUCCUCUUGUGAAAGGAGGCGCAGUGAAGCCGGCGCUCUUUGAUCUUCAAGAAACUUGGACACACACAAAGAGAUUUCUUAUUCCAUUUAUCCACUUAUAACACACUCCUAACCAGGUUCCAGACACUGUCCUCCCGCAGUACCUUCCUAUGCUACAAGCUGCCGGUCCUGUGUGAGACCUGAAGAUGGCGCUGACCCCACACAUGGAGGCAGGAUGGGACAUGGAUCACAGGUGUACUGUCAUCCAUUCAAGUUUAUUCCUCUUCUCCUCCGUGGAGGUGGGAGGAACAUCUAACUAUACUAACAUCUGUCUCCUCUCUCCACACUCAAACUAAUCUUUUAUAAGCCCGUUAGCUGGUGUGUGUGUGGGUUGUGCGUGCACACCUCCAUGCUUUUUACAUUGUUUAUUCCAGCGAAUCCACCUACGGGAUCCAGGACUCCAGAAUUCUGUGUGAACGCGCGUCUGACAAACAGGAAUUUUUGCACAAUUUUUGCUUUUACUUUUCUACCCCCACCCCACCCCCCCGUGACUGUUGAGCUCACCGUUACACCUUAGCUUAAGAGGACGGCGGCGGCGGCCCUGCCCAGUGUUACAGUCAUCACCUUCCUACUGACGGCUCACAUCAACUCUGGGAUCAAGACUCAUCAUUCCUUUGUGUGUUUGGUCUGUCAGACCUGCUCCAAUCCUAACAACCGUACGCUCGCUAGCACGUUUUCCACCGUCUGCCACAUGUUCUAAAGGAAACCACAGUAUUCCUGUUUCCUGGAAAAAAGAGGAACUGUCGUAGCAAGGCAUUGUGGAAUCAUUUGUUUUACAUGUGUCUGUAGGGUUAAAGGGAUUACGGAGGGUUUAAAUGUGUGUGUGUGUGUGUGUGUGUAUUUAGCUUCCAAGUGUACUUUCAAACCAGACUUCUUUUUUUUUAAUUAAGUUAAAAAAAAAGUUAAAGUGCAGCUGGAAAGGAGCAAAUUUAGUGAUAAGCAGCCUUAAAAUAUUUGUGUUUGUGUGUACUUGUGUGUGUGUGUGUGUGUGUGUGUGUGUGUGUAGGCACCACUAAAGUGACUUGGUUGGAGUCCAGGGGUUUUUAAGGGCAUGUCAGGAAGGAGUUUACCUGGUAAAGGAUUUGCUUUAGCAACAUACACAUAUACACACUCUUACAAACCAACACAGAAAAGUACCCAAACACACACACAUAUACAAAGAAACACAAAUGCUCAUACUCACUAACAGGGCUCUUCCAUGAUCUUUUUAUUGCUAGUACAGAGGAUCCCACAGUAAAUACAAACUGUUUUUAUUUUGUUGGAUGUACAUUUAUAGUUUUUUUUUUUUUUAGCUGUGCAAAGCCGUUUGUCGUCGUGUCUACUUUGUGUACUUUUGUUUCACUGUAUGGGUAGGCCGUGUAACACUCCUCUCUUAGAAGCACAACUAUUUACCAAAGUGGAAGCAACUGUGAUUUCUGGGGGUGCAGUGUGUAGAAAACACUACGACUAGGACCACAUAUCACUGACACUCGUUUGUUUUGUAUUUAAUACGUCAAAGCGCCAGAAUUCCUUACACUUUCAACCGGUAGGUGCAGCGUCUCCACCUCUGAUGGUAUUGGAGGAAAAAGAGGGAUCUGCACCUGCUGUGUUCUGAGUCAGCUCUGUCUUCAGUUGGACUUGCCAGCAUUUACAGUGGGAGCUUUCUCUCGGAGUGGUUUGGCGCCCCCUCGUGGUUACCUAUGCUAUUACAUAUAUAUUAGGCUUAAAAUGAGGGAUCGCUAAAGCUGCGUUUGAUAUUUACUCUGCAGCGAAUGUUUUUUUCACUCUGACAAAAAAGAUGCAAAUAUUUGAGUAAGAAAAAAAAACAAAGAAGCUCAAUGCUACGUUUGUCUUUUCAAAAUAAGAUUUACUAAAAAAAUGUUUCUGGAACAAACACCAAGGAAGCCACUUUCCUACAGAGUAACACUUUAAAACAAUAUUUUUUCCAGUCUGAACAGAUAAAACAUCAUUGCAUUUGUUUAGGCAAUGACAAAUGAUAGAAAAUAAAGGCGAAAUGUAGUGAGCUCUUGUGUUUCUGCUUCUAUAAAGAGGACCGACUGACCUUACAGGCUGUAUUUCUAUACAUAUUCAGACUCUUGGUUUUUCUCUUUCAUGUGCGUCCAGUUACUUUCUCAUAGCACUGGGUGCAGGCUGCUUCUUUUUUUAAAAAUGUUUAUUGGAUUUAUACUCCCCCCCCUGUUGGCAUUAUAACUGUAUGAUAUAAUUUAUCAUUUGUACUAUUGUAACAUACUGUUUUUCUCUAUUCCCUAUCAUUCUGUGUAAUGGGUUUAUUUUGUAGGAAAAGUCGUUGUGGUAUUUUAACGGCAUCUAAACAAACGAGCGCAGCAGGCGGAUGGAGGAGGGCGGGUGUAGCUGCGUCGUUUCAAAAUAAAAGGUUUCACUGCAGCUCCA